UCUUAUAGUUGUGUUAUUUCAUUAGGUUCUGAGUCUGAAUUAUCAUAAUAGAUUUCAUUCAUAUCAUUAUCCACUAUAUACGCACUACAUCGGAAUAAUCUGAUGUUUUCAUUGAAAUGAAAUACUACAUAUAUUAACAUAUAUGCUGUCUUUUGCUCCCUUUCAUUUCUAACCUUGGUUGUCAUUUCUGUCACAGAGCUUAAUAUUAUCAAAUGCUCUGUUUCCUCCAAUUUCCUUUCUCUUACUCCGUGAUUUCCUACACGUUCACUCAUCAUUGUUCGCGCAAUUUUGAAUUCUCUCUUAACAAUAUAUUUUAAUACGUGCAUGUAAAACUGAAUUAAUAUUAGCGAUACUGUGUUUUGAAACAAGUCGGCCCACAUAUUGUACGGUAAACUGCUUCAAUCAACAAGCAAAGCUUUACCAAGUUCUUGUUCAAUUUCUACGCAGUAUUUUUACAACUAAUGAGAACGCAUUAGAGAAGAGGUCUGUUCUUUUUAGCUGAACUAUCUGAACUGGUGCAGUCUGGUGCGAUAAGUCAGAGUGAGACAGAUAUAUUUCCUAACUUUCUGCGGCAGUCUAUAUCAGUUCAGGCAGUUCAGCUAAAAAGAACAGAUCCACGAUCUGUCUAAUGAAUAGAGUUGAAGUGGACCUUUACAAUUUCACGUUUCUCUGUGAACAAAGGAAGAAGGAUCGAUUCGCACGUUUUGAUAUGAAUCACACCCGAAAAUACAAACAGACCGACGCCAAUGUUCACACAAGCGCUGAGAUCGCGACGCGUCAAAAACUUCUUACGUCGAGAAACACACGAAAUGUCCUGCGUACGGAUAUUAACGGAAAUAAAAACAUCAAAGGAUCCGCGUAUUUUUCGGCCACGGUAAACAGGUGCGAUCCACACGCAAGAGACGUGAGCACGUGUGCGCAACGAUUCUGCUAGCUGCGGGCUAUGUUGCGUAAGGGGGCCCGUCAUCAUCAUUGAUAUCACACGGGCCUCUCACGUCGGUCGUAUAAUAACGGUGCCGCGACGCAACGCGACGCGACGCACCAUGUCCGUGUUUUAAACUUCGUCUGUCUUUUUCCGUCAGGUACUCCUAUCGUAAAAUGAGUCGUGCCAUUGAAAACAAAUCAAAGAGGAUUAGACGGAGACGAGCCACGGUGAAACUGAUAGUAGGGGCUGUUGAAUCGAUACUAUAUACCACACGAUCUUCCUGGGUCUUCUGUUUAGCACACUGUUUGUAAAUCCGCCUGAUAAUUCUCCACGACGACACACCAGUGCAAAAUAUUGCAACUUCCCUCUCAGACGCAACGUUUAUUCCUCGCUGCUGUUUCAUCAGCGACGUGCUCCAAAGAGAGACAACAGAGAGGACCUGACCUUGAUCCAUGUAGUCCCACGCUCAUAUAUCUCGUCUCCUCGAUCGUAAGCGACGAACAGAAAUCUUGGAGUCUUAGGUCCGUAUUAAUGGUCAUUACUUGAAACUCGUCUCAAGUGAGAUACUCAGAUUUCAAUUCAGGAUUGGAUGAGAGUGUUCAGUUGAAUCGCAAUUACAGAUACAAAUGUCAUAUUUAUCGUAAUUCGACUGAAAACCUUGGAUCUGACUCUGAAUAAAAAUCGGGCUCUCUCAUCCGAGAUAGGUUUCAAGUGACAAUUAUUAAUACAGGCUUCAGAAUUGCAGGUACAAGUAAUUCUCCCGAAAAAUGGGACAGAUCUCCCUGAGAGUAUCGGGGUACUUUCUACUUGGCUGUUUUUCUGUUUGUUUUCUAGCGUUGCUCAGAGUGCGAGCGUACAUUGUGAGCCGUAGAUUGAUUAUACGGUACUCCUGAACUUCUCCGCAACGAAGAAGAAGUAGAAUUGUUGCUGGAAGGAUACACGAUUAUCCGACUCCAUCAUCCGUCCGUCCCUGAUCCCUCUCUCUAUUUUAAGACGAGGGCUCGAGGAGACUCGCGCGAAUACUCGCGAGAGAGAGCUCGAGGGACUCGGCGGCUCUCGCCGAGUGAGCGAAGCAGCGAACGUCGUCCACGAUCGCUUUCAUUCAGUUUGCGGAGCGACUCGUCUCGUUAUCGUCGUGCGAUAAGCGCGCUCACGAAGGAGAGAGUCGCAGCGCGCGCGACUCCGAGAAGAUGGGAAUAUCACUGACUUAGAACGACACAGUUGAUCAUUGUGCGUCGCGGCUCGUACACGGAAUAUUCUGCGCCGAGUUGCCGGUACUUGAACGAGGCUCGAAGAUGGCAGACACGAGCCAACAAGCAUUAAGUGAGCCGCAUACGAAUGGAGUAAUGGACGGUUUAACGGAAGAGGAAAAAAGCAAGAUGAGACCAGCCGAUAUCGAUGCGGAUAUGAGAGAGAUGGAAAGGAGAAAGAGGGUCGAGAUGAUGAUGAAUUCACGAAUCUUCCGAGAAGAACUGGAACGCAUAAUCGAGACCCAGAUGAAGGACGGUGCUGGACCCUCCGGUCUUUUACAACAGAUCUCCGACAUGAUGGGUGCACAGGGAGCCCGUUUCAACGGCAAUGUGUUCAAAAAUUCAAAUUGCGUCUUACCCAUCAACGACAUCCGCGGCGUAGAAAGCAUGGGAUACGCCAAGGGCGAGAAAUUGCUACGAUGCAAAUUAGCGGCGGUCUUCAGAUUACUCGACUUAUAUGGAUGGACCCAAGGUGUCGGCGGACAAAUCACUGCCCGUCUCAAUCAGGAUCAAGAGCACUUUUUGGUGAAUCCUUAUGGGUUGCUCUAUCAUGAAGUUACUGCUUCGAGUUUGAUAAAGGUGGACAUGCAAGGUGCGGUUGUCGAACAAGGAACGACCAACUUCGGCGUACACGUCACGGGUUUCCAAUUGCACUCGACGAUACACGCUGCCAGGCCUGAUAUCAAGUGCAUUAUUCAUAUUACUACUCCGUCCGUUACCGCUAUCUCCUCUUUGAAAUGCGGAUUGCUACCGAUCGGUCAGGAGAGCAUAGUAAUAGGCGAAGUGAGCAGUCAUCAAUACAUAGGAGGUUCAGUCGAGCCAGAAGAACGUGAAAAGAUCGCUCGAAACCUCGGACCGAUCAAUAAGGUUAUGCUCCUGACGAAUCGCGGUGCUCUUUGCUGCGGGGAAACAGUGGAAGAGGCAUUCUUUAACGUUUACAAUACCGUAGUUGCAUGCGAGACGCAACUGAAGCUAAUGCCCGCGGGUGUUGACAAUCUAAACCUUAUCAGCGAGGAAUCGAAGAAAGCUAUAUUCGAAGCCUCGAGGAAGCCACCGAGUCCUCAGCAGCAAAGCACAGCGGUGGAGUCCUCCGCCCUCGCUGAAAAACUGGAGAAACGUUGGAGAAUUGGUGGCGCUGAAUUUGAAGCUCUCAUGAGAAUGCUUGACAAUGCUGGAUUCCGUACAGGCUAUAUAUAUAGAAACCCACUUGUAAAGGGAGAGCCACCAAGACCGCGAAACGACGUCGAAGUUCCACCGGCUGUAUCAUCUUUAGGAUACUUGCUCGAAGAAGAAGAAUUAUACAAGCAAGGGCUGUGGAAGGGCGGACGUAAAGGCACUGACCGAUCCCGUUGGUUAAAUUCGCCAAAUGUUUACCAAAAGGUCGAGAUCCUGGAAACUGGAACACCCGAUCCUAAAAAGAUCACCAAGUGGGUGUCUGACGGAUCUCCUACCCAUAGCAGCACGCCAGUGAAGAUAGACAGUGCUCUACAAUUUGUACCGAAGAAUACCAAUCCAAAGGAGUUCAAACAAAUACAGCAGCAGAUUAAAGAUUACCGGCGAGCUGACAAGAUAUCAGCUGGUCCCCAAUCUCAUAUAUUAGAAGGUGUUUCAUGGGAGGAAGCUAAGAAAAUGCAGGACGCGACGAUUAGUGGUACCGGAGAACAAGUAGUCUUAGUAGGAGCCGCUAGCAAAGGUAUUAUACAGCGUGGUUUCCAACACAAUGCGAUGGUAUACAAGACACCUUAUGCCAAAAAUCCCUUCGACGCCGUGACGGAUCAAGAAUUGGAUCAAUAUAAGAGAGAUAUCGAGCGCAAACAGAAGGGAGAUCCCUACGAUGAGUCACAAUCAGAAUCCGAGGCCUUGUCGUCCUUUAACAUCAGUCGCGCGACGCAUGAAUCCAGCACUGCCAAGAGUCCUAUUCAGUCACCGGUUUCUGUUACUUCGGAAACGGAGGAGGAGAGUAGAGACGAACCCCGAGUAUUGCGAAUAGAAACGAAACAAGUGCCUGCGCCGAGUCAACCCGAAGUCGUGUUGAGCGACGUGCAUGAUGCUACUACAGAGUUCCUCAAUGAGAUGCGCCGCAGCAGAACGAUCGAGCAACAAAGCGAUUACAAAGGAGAUUGCGAACUAUCCAGCAGUUACAGCAGCGCGAGCAGCGAACGAAUGCGAAUGCUUUGUAUUGAGCAACAGUUCUGCGAGUCCCUUUACCAUCCUCUUCAUUUAGAGAACGUCAGAAUUACGACGACCGCCGAACGAAAGAAACCUGUUCUAAUUACGUGCUCAAGAACGCUCGCUGACGACCAAAGCACCGAGUCACAAUCGAUCGACGAGUUCUUCAAGUCGCGUUACGAGAAGAGACGGCAAUUUUUCCGAGACUUGGAGGACCAGCAAGCAGUGGUGAGAUCGACUACGUUGUCGGAAGUGGUAAGAACGAAUAACGAUGAAGAUAUACGCGAGCAAAAUUCCACGGUGAAGCCAAGUGAAGAAACGCAUCUUCAUCAUGUAAAAAUGUAUGACGCUCAUGGGGCAAGUACGAAUCUGAAAGAACUGAAGAAAGAAUCAAAUGAUGAGAUGUGUUCGAGCAACGUCACAAUAUAUCCUGUUGAAUGGAAGAAUAUAACGCAAGCAGCUUCCGUUAAAGUAGUUAACGUGAAGGAAACUGAGCAAAGUUCCUACGACAUCGCUACAUCCCGCACAAAUGGCGAUAAUCAAGUCGAGGAUAAGACGAAACACCACGAAGAGAUCGAAUAUCGUAACUCGUCGGUCGAGGAAGCCGUUCCUGUGGUGAAGCAAUCUCAAACAAUUCCAGAAAACAACGAGGAAAGUAACGUUUCUAUAGGUGCAACAUUCGACGUGGCUAAGGAACAGCAACAGACGAUAAUGACGGCGGAAGAAGUAACACUUAUACACAUCUACCAACCAUUUCAAAAAGAUAAUAACAAUGAAGAGAAUUUACAGCCGUUAAAUGAUAUACUAUCCGACAACUACUCCGACAAACACCCCGUUAGUCAUGACGAAUGCCACGAAAAUGCUGAUGUUGUGGCAGAUAAAGAUAAAGAAACGUCGAAUGAAGAAACAAAUGACAAUGUUGCGCUGAAGAAGCGAAAUAUUCGAUCCUGGGUCGAGAGUUCCAUGUGUGAGAACGAAUGUUCACACAAUAAAGAGACCAGCACAUAUGAAUCGCAUGAUAAGGCUCUCGUGAAGAUAACCAAGAGCGUCGACGAGAAUAUCGUCUCGUCCAGGACAGAUUUGAACGCUCUGUCUAACACCAACGCGAAUAACUCCUCAUCGAAAAUAGAGUUGGACGACGAAUCUGACACGCUCGAGUGGUAUUACGACGAUAUCGUGAAGAUGGUCGAGAACAUGGACGCGAAUAUCGCCACGUCGAGAACAGAGCUAGACGCGUUACCCAACACCGGCAUCUGCACUAAGUAUAAUUUGGAUUCGACGAAUAUGAGUCUCAUUUACAGUCUAACUCCGUCCAUAGUCAUCGACGAGGAAGGGAGCAGCAACGAGGACGAUACGUCGCGAGACUUGGCGGAACGUUCUUCGGACUGGAACUCCGACGCGACCAAGAGCGACGCCAGCGACGCGUUGGGCGACUACAUAUGGAUGGAAUCGAUAGAUCUGAACGCGAAGCCGUUGGAUUGUCCGUGCGAUCGCGAAGCAGCGAGCGACAGCAGCAGCUACGAGCUGGAGCAGCCGGAGUUAGAGAAGCACUCCACGAGCUCUGGCUCCGACAUACUCGAGUUGCCGAGCCACACGGUUCUCGAGCUGUCGGAGAUCGACGGCAAAGUGUUCCACAACGGAAUCAACGAGUCCACUAACGAGAUCAUCGCUGAUCUUAACGCUUCCGACGAGACGACGCGCUACGACGCUCUGCAGAUCGCACGGUGCAUCGUCGCCGAGAUCACCGAGUGCGUUUAUGUCCUCUCGUACUUUGACUCCUCCAUCUACAACCUCGGCCUCGUGAGGGAAGUCGUGCGCUACUUGCUUGACAAUUACCAAUACGAGUGUUCGUUACUGACAGACGGGUGUCUUCCUGACCAAACGUGCGUGUCAAGUAACAAUAUGACGAUGAGCACAAUUGCUGACGAUGACAACGAUGACGACAGCAUUUGCCAGAUGAAGGGCUUCUUGGGAAACUCGUCACCGAAUCCCCAUCGCGACGAUCAAAGCGAGACGCGCCAGCAAGAGAAUUCAUCUUCCGCAGUGAUCGAAUUCUGCACCGUGGCGAGAAGACUGCCGAUCGUCGCCCCCGACGACGAAACCCUGGAGUUGAACUUCCGCGUGGUCAAGGCCGCAACGGACAGAAGUGCCAACAAUUGGCUGAACACUCCGGCAAUCGGCCGUGUGGAGAACUCGAUUCACCGUGUGGAUCAUGAUCUGCUGAUAAGCGCCAAGAAUCUCAACAAGAGCAGUCACAAAAGAAACGUGGUAGUGAUGAGGUCGGACAUCAAGAUAUGCGAUUGGUGCGAGAGUUGCUCUUGCUGCUGCGGAGAAGAUGACUCGAUAAUCUCGGAAACCAAUCGUUUGACGCCUAUAGACGAGGAACCGAACGAAGCAACGUACGAGCACGUCGACGAUUGCCCCACGUCUACUUUGCUGGAGAACUCGAACGAUGACAACUUGUCGUGUCAACUGAAAGUUCACUUGGUCGACGAGAACAGUGGGAAUCCCGCGAGAAAGACCAUGUCUCUCGACGACACCUACACGAUUUCCGAGUACAGCGAUAACGACGAGAGAAGCGAUCCUCGGGAACCUUGCGACGAUAUUUGGGACUCUGUAGAUUGCAUGUCGUGUUCGUAUGACACUAAAGAAUUCAUACGCUUGGAAAAGACCAUCGUGGAGGGCUCGCGACUGAACGCGUAGCUGAUACUAUGCUGAUCGCUCGGAUUAUUGAAUAUUCACCUUAACUUCGCGAUUGAUCAGUUAAACCGCCAAACACGAGAUGUCGGUCUUUGCUGAUCAAAUUGGGAAGGAAGCAUUUUAACGAUCGAUUUAACGGCAUACGCUUCUGCUCGUUGACGAGCUUAAUACGCGCAUGCAGCUUAAUUCAUCUUAAAUUGUCGAUGGUGGAUGUUUUAUUAUUCAUUAUUAUUCAUACUUCAAAUAUGUAAUAUUAUUAUAUACCGCGUAAAGUGCCGGGAAGUUUGCACUAGAUUGUAAUAUUCGUCGAUUUUCUUCAAUUUUCUUUUCUUCAUAAUCAAUUCUAACGUCCGUGUUUACGUACCAACAAAGCACGUUUUCUGUGCGACUAACUUUAUGUAAACAGGACGAAGCAUAUCUUAAUUCGAGAAGAAAAUGUUCACUAUUUUUAUAGUGCGAAUCAGCACAUAAAAAAUGUUAUUUUUAUUUACUUCAGGUCUCUUAUUAUUUUUUAGUUUUUCUUUUUUCCUUAGAGUUUUGUUGCUCAGAGACCAAAGAUUUGAGACCAAAGAUAUCAAGAAGACUAAAGAUGUUAGUUUUAAUUUCUUAGUUUAUUUUAUGUAUGCUCUUUUGUCUAGUUAACGAGAGUUCAUCCGAUAAAAUUGCGUUAUACACUCUUACAUCACUCUCUAAUAACAAUAUCAUAUUUUAGUGUUAAGCGCUCCACAAAUACUUAUAAUUUAUAUAUGUUCCUAUAAUAUUUAUAUAUUUUCCUAAAUGUGUACACCUGUCGCACGCAGUUUUGACGCACGUUUGGUGACAUAAAAGUUGGCACAUAACGCUUUUCGUCACUUUUCUAUAUCGAUCUAUAUUCUGAUCUGCAUUAAUCCUCAUCAUUAUCCCGCUAUCUCCUCGACGUAUCCUUCCUGCAAACUGAGAAUGAUUGAUGCUAAGGAUGUUGCUUGGGAAUAUUGAUCUUCCAUAACAAAUCCAAGAAUCAAUAUCUGGCUCCGACAAUCAUCGUUUUCCUGAAGG